GCGGAGCAGGCUGCGGAGGUGGCAGCCAUUGAGUGGCGCAUGCGAUUGUCAGCAAAGGAGAACGAACAGGCAAUCGCUGCCAUUGAGGAUGGUAUUCGAGCAUCAAGGGCCCGUGCAGACGCAGACGCAGACUUCUACCGCGCCUCAAGACAGGCGGAGGCUGACACUUUGCGCUUGACACCACGGUAUUUGGAGCUGGAACGCUAUCGGGCGAUGGCGAGCAAUGCCAAGGUCUACUUUACGUCACUGGGUGGACAGAAUCCCUUUCUCCCCUCUUCCACUAACAAUGUCCCACCUACGGAGUCAAGUAGCGAUCUCCUCUCCACUGUGCUUGACAAUGUGAACAAUCUUAAAAGUGUAGGUGGGGGAGUACUCGCGCAUUUGCUCAACUCAGCUUUAAGCACUGAUGAGGAGAAUGGAAGUGGAAGGACGAAUGCAAGCGGACAGAUGGACGAGGAGGAACCUUGA